CCAAAAAAAUCCAGGCCAAAACCCAAACCCCCUUCUGACGUCCUCUUUCCGCGUCCAACUCUCCUCCUUCUCCAUCCCCCAUCGACCCGCAGCCGCCGCUCUCCGCGAAACUCACCUUCUGCAACAUCGCCCCAAGCUCAAGCUCGCAUCCACGCCAGCACCGCCGUUUUCUUCUCAUAUUUUAUUAAACUUCAUCACAACCUAACAGCAAACGUCAUGGCUGAGAUUCGCCGAAAGCUCGUCAUCGUCGGCGAUGGUGCCUGCGGUAAAACCUGUUUGUUGAUUGUCUUCUCCAAGGGCACUUUCCCCGAGGUCUACGUCCCCACCGUCUUCGAGAACUACGUGGCCGAUGUUGAGGUCGACGGAAAGCACGUCGAGCUCGCCCUAUGGGAUACUGCUGGCCAGGAGGAUUACGACCGUCUUCGACCCCUGUCCUACCCCGACUCUCACGUUAUCCUGAUCUGCUUCGCCGUCGACUCCCCCGAUUCCCUUGACAACGUCCAGGAGAAGUGGAUCUCCGAGGUUCUGCACUUCUGCCAGGGUCUCCCCAUCAUCCUCGUCGGCUGCAAGAAGGAUCUCCGAUACGAUCAGAAGACGAUCGAGGAGCUUCGCAAGACCAGCCAGAAGCCCGUUUCUCCCGAAGAGGGUGAGGAGAUCCGUAAGAAGAUCUCUGCCUACAAGUACCUCGAGUGCUCGGCCAAGACCAACGAGGGUGUCCGUGAGGUGUUUGAGCACGCCACCCGGGCUGCCCUGCUGUCCCGCAGCAAGGGCGGCAAGAGCCACAAGAAGUGUCUUGUUCUGUAG